CCUUAUACUAAUCCAUCUAUAUAUUCAUCAUUCCUCACUAGCUUUCACCACUGCCUGCAUUUUUUAUUUUCACAUUUACAAUUUAACAAAAUCUCGAAAAUGCUUAAGGUUGCAGGACCAUCGCAGAUGCUGGUGAUCACUGGCUUAGGGGUGAAUGACAUUCAUCUCGCGAAGAAGAAAUGGAUUUUUCCGGGCCAGAAAUGCAUCAGAGUUGAUAUUUCCCCUGUUAACUACACUUUUGAUGUUCAAGCAAUGAGUGCUGAGAAGCUUCCUUUUGUUCUGCCUGCUGUUUUCACCAUUGGUCCGCGUGCCUGUGAUGACGCUAGUCUUUUGAGGUACGCGAAGCUGGUGUCGGCUCAUGACAAGCUGUCGAAUCAUGUGAAGGAGCUUGUGAUGGGAGUGAUUGAGGGGGAGACUCGGGUUCUUGCUGCUUCGAUGACAAUGGAGGAGAUUUUUAAGGGGACUAAGCAGUUUAAGCAGGAGGUUUUUGAUAAGGUGCAGCUGGAAUUGGAUCAAUUUGGGCUGCAUAUUUAUAAUGCUAAUGUGAAGCAGCUUGUGGAUGUUCCGGGGUAUGAGUACUUUUCUUAUUUAGGCCAGAAGACGCAGAUGGAGGCGGCUAAUCAGGCUAAGAUUGAUGUGUCUGAGGCCAAGAUGAAGGGUGCCAUUGGAGCUAAGGAACGAGAGGGGCUGACGCUGCAGAAUGCAGCAAAGAUUGAUGCAGAAUCAAAGAUUAUGUCGACGAGGAGGCAAGGAGAAGGGAAUAAGGAGGAGAUCAGGGUGAAGACGGAGGUGCAGAUUUAUAAGAAUCAGAGGGAUGCAGAGGUGGAGCAAGCCAAUGCUGAGUUGGCAAAGCAAAAGGCGGUGUGGUCUCAGGCUGCUAAGGUGGCACAGGUUGAGGCAGAUAAGGCUGUUUUGAUAAGGGAAGCAACUCUGCAGAUGGAGGUGGAGAAGAAGAAUGCUUUAACUAGGACUGAGAGACUCAGGGCUCAAGAUCUCAGUAAGGCCAAUGUUGAUUAUGACAUACAGGUGCAAGAGGCGAAUGCAGAGCUGUAUAAAAAACAGAAAGCGGCUGAAGCAAUUCUGUUUGAGCAGCAAAAAACUGCUGAAGCACAGAGAGCAAGUGCAGAUGCAGACCUAUAUGCUCGUCAACGAGCAGCAGAGGCGGAUCUCUAUUCAAAAAUGAAAGAAGCUGAAGGAAUGGCAGCAGUGGCCGAAGCACAAGGAUUCUACCUUGGAAACCUCCUCAAACAAGUUGGUGGGAACUACUCUGCUCUUAGAGAUUACUUGAUGAUCCAUGGAGGCACCUUCAAGGACAUUGCCAAGCUUAAUGCUGAGGCAGUUCGCGGGAUGCAGCCAAAGAUUAAUAUAUGGACAGGGGCUAGUGGUAAUGGUAUUGCUGAGGGCGGUUCCAGCAGCGGAUCUGGUGGUGCAAUGAAAGAGAUAGCUGGUUUGUAUGGGAUGCUACCUCCGCUGCUUGAGACGGUUAAUGAUCAGACUGGGAUGCUUCCACCGACUUGGUUAGGCACUUUGCCAUCUGAUUCCAGUAAAGUUACCAAGGCCUAAAUUGAUUACAUUGGUUUGGACAAUAAGAAUAUGUCUAGGAUUAUGGUAAUAAGUAUUUAGUUCUUUCGCCUAGUAUUAGUUUGGUUCAUAGAAGUUGCAGAAACUUUGAUUCCGCAUUGUUUUCUAUCUUCCAUUUGAGUGAUUCUUUCUUUAGUAGCAUGACAUUUUAUUAUUUUAUUACUAGACUGUCCAGUGUUUUUU